CAAAGUCGUAGGCUCUCGCUUCAGCAUAACAUUCUGAAGAAGGCAUACGAGGGACGGCUUGUCUUUCCUCCCAUCGCCUUGGUGGAUGGAUCGUACGUGCUAGAUAAUGGAUGCGGAACGGUGAUCUGGAGCAUCGAAUUCGCCCAGCAGGUCUCCGAAAAGGUCCUCGUGAAGGGUAUCGACAUCGAGAGCGGCAUGUUCCCCGCGAAGUUGCCUUCCAACAUCGAGCUCUCAGUGGGCUCGAUGCUCGACCUGCCCGCCGAUUGGACUAACAAGUACGCUCUUGUCAACCAGCGGCUCCUCAUGGCUGCACUCUCGGGCGCGCAGUGGGAGGUGGCGCUCAAGGAAGUGUUUCGGGUGACCGCCCCUGGCGGAUGGGCUCAGUUCGGCGAAGUCGGCAACUGGCGUGCAGGCCCCAUCUCGGAAGGCCAUCAUGACAUGAUGGAGGUCAUGUACGCGAAAAGGGGUCUCCUCCUCCACAUUACGGAUCUACUUCCGGGUAUGCUCAAGAAGGCCGGGUUCAGGGACAUCCGCACGGAGAAGCGCGUCUUGCCUCUCGGGAGCUGGGAAGGUCCCGAAGGUGCGCGGGUCUGCAGGAAUUUCAUUGACGUGUACCGUGCCAUGAAGUCUGUGCUGCUCAACUAUGGCGGAUUGGGGUACGUAAAGUCAGAAUCCGAGUUUGAUGACUGGCUGGACCGCGUAGAGAAGGAGUGGAACGAGACGAACGGCUCUGAAUUAGAGUUUUAUGUCUUCUACGCACAGAAGCCGGUGGCUUAG